AUGUAUGCGCAACGUCCAUCGCCGCCGUCGCUCAAGCGAUCGGUAUCUGGCGAGAGCCAGAGCAGUUAUGCGAGCCAGACCACGACUGUCAGCCGCUCGAGCUCUAAGCUGCUGUUUGGGGAGAUUCCGCUGACACCUGCGACUACUGUGGAUGGGAGAUCGACAAGAUCCAAUAGCUCAAUAUGCAACCUGGUUCUGUCGACGAGCUCCGCUUUCUUGCGCUUCUGGCUGAACGAUACCUGUCGCGAGAAUCUACUUGCGCACGUUGAGCAGGAGGACCUGCCUAACUUUCGUCUGGUCUGCCACGACUUCUCCACCCGUGCUGCACCGUAUCUCUUUGAGUACCUUACGGUUACAUUCAAGCCUUCGACUUUUACCAAGCCGGCGCGCAUCGAAGCUCUCUCCAGGGUAGGCCGUCACGUGAAGACUUGUACCUUCCACAUGCCCCAUGGGCCUGAGACAUUCCUCUCACCCAUCAUUGAUCCCGAGACUGGGGAGGAGAAGCCGUUCUUGUACGAACCCCAGGUCCAAGUCCCGCCAGCUGUGAGGGGAGAGGGCAAGCAACCUAAAUAUGGUACGUGGGAGAUGACAGACCUUCUCAUCAAACAGUAUCCACCUCUUUUCCAUGCAGCAACAAACGUCCCAGCUUUCAUUACGGCCUUCUCAGAACUUGUCAACCUCCAACACCUCAAAAUAUCCUGUCCUGGCUUCAAUACUGCGCCCCGGCACCGGCGUAGCGCUGUAGACUAUGCGCUCAUUUCCCUUCGUAUCGCGGUCGAGCGUGCGCCCUUGUUCAGCCUUCACACCCUCUCACUUCUUCCAAUCCACCCAGGUGGACUUCUCUACUUACAUCCCAUGCUUGGUUUUGGCAGCACACCCACUUCCGCCAAGCGCUGGACCCAAAUCCGUCGUCUGGCCAUCUGUAUGGAAAGCAUUCCGCUCUCCUGCUCUUCCACCCGCGCACGCAUGCAGUCUCUAGAACACUUGCGCAUCCUCCACGCCUACCUCCGGACCCUUUCGAAAAGCCUCACGCGCCUCUUCUUCAGAUGGAAAGGCGAACGCGGCCCCUCGCCCCUUUCCUUGGACCGCGAACCCUGUAUGUUGCCCAUUGAAGAAGAGUGCAUGCAUCCAAGUAUGCGCGGCCACGUCCGUGGUCCCCGACCCCUCAGGUUUUCCCGCCUUCGGCAUAUGGAGCUUGAGAACGCUGUCAUGGAUUCCACGCAAAUCGCGGAUUUCAUCCACAAGCAUCGUCGCACGCUCGUUGAAUUCAACUUCGAGGACGUGAAGCUCAGACAAGGGAACUGGGAUGAUGCGCUCGAGCCUCUAACCCAUAUCGCCGGCAGCGAUAAGUGGAAGGAGAAACAGGAAGAGGUUAUGGAUGUCCCGAUUAUUCUUUCCCCUGUGGACAUCGAGCCUAGAGUUAUGGGUCCGUUGCUUGCCGAAGAGCAUGAGCAGGAAGAGGAGGCCAAGGGACGCAGCGGGCUGACGCUUUCGAGGUGGUUGUCGAAACCGAAGUUGCCGCAGGUGAAGAGGAAUGCGAAGGAAGGGUUUUGGAGUGGUGGUGAGCAUAUGAAGAGGUUCUUGAGGGGAUCGAUCUUUCCUUUCCAUAAGUAA